AUGGAUGAAAAUGAGCCAGCUCCAUUCCAGGCCAAACCAUCAGGCAACAAUGCUGCUAAAGUUUGGUCAGAAAUUUCAAAUGAAGUUAGUAAGAAUGGAGAAUAUGAGGAUAAUGGAGAAAAAACACCUAAAAAGUUUAGGUCUACCCACGAUUCCCAGCAAUACCAAGCACGAGAAAAGAAAGAGAAAGAAAUUAUACUUGAAGACCAGUUUAAUGAUGAUAUUAAUAAAGAAAAACCAGAAGUAGUAGAUAAUGAUCCUGUUUCGCACGUUGAAAAGAAGAGAUUGCCAGAACCUAAGCGUGCAAUCAUUGACGAAGAGGAAACAAACACAUUCCAAGCUAGUGAGCACGAAAAGAACGCUCAAAAGGCAUGGAAUAACAUCACACGCGAAGUUAGAAUUGAAGGAGAAUAUGAUGACGUUGGCGAUGUUGUUCCAAAGGAAUUACGUCACUCACAUCCAUCUCCUAAACCUCAAGCUUAUGAAAAGAAGCAGCGUAAAAUCCCCGAAAUCGAAGAUGAUUUCAACGAUGAUAUUAAUAAAGAAAAGCCAGAGGUCGUAGACGAGGAUCCAGUUUCUCAUGUACAGAAGAAGAAAUUGCCCACACCACAACCUGUCAUUAUCGAGGAACAUGAAAAGAAUAAUUUCAAGCCUACCGAGCACGAGAAGAAAGCUCAGUCUGCUUGGACAAACAUCACUCGUGAAGUCCGUAUCGAUGGCGAGUACGACGAUGUCGGUGAUGUUGUUCCAAAGGAGUUAAGGCAUUCUCAUCCUUCUCCACGUCCUCCGACACACGAAAAGAAGCAGCGCCCUAUUCCAGAGAUCGAGGAUGAAUUUAAUGACGACAUCAACAAGGUCAAAGAAGAGAAUCCUGAAGAGGAAGAAUCUGUUUCUUACGUACAGAAGAAGUCCCUCGCUGCUCCUCAGCCUGUCAUCAUCCACGAGGAAGAAAAGAAUACUUUCAAGCCUACAGAGAACGAAAAGAAGGCUCAGUCCGCUUGGACGAAUAUAACUCGUGAAGUUCGCAUUGAUGGCGAAUACGAUGAUGUAGGAGAUGUCGUUUCAAAGUCUCUCAGACAUUCACAUCCUUCUCCACGUCCUCCGACACACGAAAAGAAACAACGUCCAAUUCCAGAAAUUGAAGACGAAUUCAAUGACGAUAUCAACAAGAUCAAGGAAGAAAAUCCUGAAGAGGAAGAAUCCGUAUCUUACGUACAAAAGAAGAAACUCGCUGCUCCUCAACCAGUUAUUAUCCAUGAGGAAGAAAAGAACCAAUUCAAGCCAACAGAACACGAAAAGAAGGCUCAGAGUGCAUGGACAAAUAUUUCCAGAGAGAUCAAAAUGGACGGAGAAUACGAUGAUGUCGGUGAUGUUGUUCCUAAAUCAUUAAGACAUUCUCAUCAAUCUCCACGUCCUCCAACACAUGAAAAGAAGCAGCGUCCAAUACCAGAAAUCGAGGACGAGUUCAAUGAUGAUCUCAAUAAGGAGAAACCAGAAGCUGUUGACGAAGAUCCAGUCUCUCAUGUACCAAAGAAGCAUCUCCAAGAGCCUAAACCUGUCAUCAUCGAAGAAGAUGAGAACAAUACUUUCAAGGCUACACAAAAUGAGAAGAAAGCUCAGUCUGCUUGGACAAACAUCACUCGUGAAGUCCGUAUCGAUGGCGAGUACGACGAUGUCGGUGAUGUUGUUCCAAAGGAGUUAAGGCAUUCUCAUCCUUCUCCACGUCCUCCGACACACGAAAAGAAGCAGCGCCCUAUUCCAGAGAUCGAGGAUGAAUUUAAUGACGACAUCAACAAGGUCAAAGAAGAGAAUCCUGAAGAGGAAGAAUCUGUUUCUUACGUACAGAAGAAGUCCCUCGCUGCUCCUCAGCCUGUCAUCAUCCACGAGGAAGAAAAGAAUACUUUCAAGCCUACAGAGAACGAAAAGAAGGCUCAGUCCGCUUGGACGAAUAUAACUCGUGAAGUUCGCAUUGAUGGCGAAUACGAUGAUGUCGGAGAUGUUGUUCCUAAAUCCCUUAGACAUUCACAUCCUUCUCCACGUCCUCCGACACACGAAAAGAAACAACGUCCAAUUCCAGAAAUUGAAGACAAAUUCAAUGACGAUAUCAACAAAGAGAAACCAGAAGUUGUUGAUAACGAUCCAGUUUCUCAUGUUCCAAAGAAACGUCUCCAAGAACCAAAACCUGUUGUCAUCGAAGAAGAUGAGAAAUCUCCAUUCCAAAAGAAGAACAACGCCAACCAGGAGAAAGCAAGAAAUGCUUGGAACAACAUCUCAAGAGAGAUCAGAAUCGAAGGCGAAUACAAUGAUGAAUAUGACUAUGAAAACAAUACUCCCAAGUCAAUGAAGAGCACUCACAAACAUCCUGUUUACAUUCCAAAGGGAUUCAAGAAGAACGACGCUGAAGAAGAAGAUAAUAUUGAGCAGAUCAAAGCUCCAGGACCACGUCCUAAAUCUACACCUAUUAAUAACGCUGAUGUAAUGAAUGAUGAAUUGACUGAAGAAGAGAUGAACAACAUUGCAGCAACAGUUACUUGCAGAGGUUUAGAUCCAGAUAUGAUCACUGAAAAUUCAAUUUCUGAUUUCGCCGCUCCACAAAAGGUUUGCAAGGAAUGUCACAUGGUUAGAUUAGAUCCAAAUGAUGAACCACCAAUGUUGACUGACGCACAGAGAGAAGCAAAGAGAAAGGAGCAGAAGGAGAGAUUACUCAAGGAAAUCAAGGAAGGAAAGGUCGAUGCAAAGAGAUUAGAACAAGAAAGAUUGGAACAGGAAGAAGAUAGAAGAAAGAGAGUUCAAGCAAUCAAGGCUAAAAUGGCUAAGCGUGGAGGAAACGUGAAGGCAACUCCACAGCAAAAGGAAGCUGCUAUGAAAGUUUCUAAAGCGCUUCAGGAAGCUUGCUCAUUAUUAAUGAGUAGGCAACAAGUUUAA